CAUUUCAAAUUGAAGAAAGACUUAAGCCCCAUUGUCCCAAUAAUGAAUGCGGUACCGAGGUCCGUCGGAAAUUCGUUUGGAUUUGAACGCGCGCGGGGACGAACACAGCACACCGUUAUUUUGGAGAUGCGCACUCACUCUAUCGCGCUCUCUCUCUUUGUUUUUGUUCUCUUAUACACGCACCAUGAACGUACUCUCUCUCGCACUCUCACACACUCUCUCUGUCUCGUUCCUCUCCCUCCUGCCUCUCAAUUCUUUCUCUCUUUUUCCCCGGAUAAUUCUUCAUCCAAACCUCAAUCACGUAUGAUUGCGUAGAGAGAGAACCGUGAGCCCAUUCACUCAUGCCUGUAGGCGAGAGGAGAGCACCCGCAUACCAUCCAUACGGAAGGAAAUAAUCCAUUACUCCAAUCGUGUUGUCUGCAAGGAAACCGGCUUUUUGGAAGAUUUUUAUAGUCUACAUACGAACAAUAAUAACGAAACGCAUAUGUUUUUCUCUCAUUGUAAAGCCAAAUCACUAUGUUGCUGCUGCAUUCUCACAGAUCAUUAUCUUUCCCCGACCGUGCUCGGAGGGUCUGCUGGUAGAAGGGCUGGUACAGAUGGCACAGAUGCCGGUAGUCCCGGAGAGUGAGUGGGGCAGCCAAAUGGACCGCCGCCUACCUUUUGUCCCCUCUCGAUUCGGUUUUGACUUCGGCUUAAUACAUUGACAAGUUAUGAGACGUUGCAUUCACCCAGCUGUUGAUGAAAUAGUUUACAGUGAAGUUUAAGGUGUCUCGAAUGCAUUAUGGUGCUGGAUAUUUUGACACUCACGGACUUUCCGUGCAAAUGAGGAUUAUACCGAGGGGGACAGUCGUGCUUGUCAGACCUGGAAUACCUGAGACUCAAUUUUGCGCACGCACACAAACUUAUUUACCACAGUUGCAUUUUUUUUUAAAUUGCCUAGAUUAUGCGUAAAUUGGUGGCAUUUAUACUUUCCCUGCAAUGAAUUUGUGUAUUUUCUAAGGGGUCAGAAUGACAUUUUGCUAAAUCCGCGUGGAUCGUUUUUUAUUUUUUAUUUCACGGUUCUUUUUGCUCCAAACUAUCACACAACCACUCGAUCUCUGUCCAACGACUCUUGGUUCGGUUCGGCUCGCCCGCGAGGGAGAUGGCCGCUAUCGCCAGCUCCUUGAUCCGUCAGAAACGCCAGGCGAGGGAGUCAAACAGCGACCGAGUCUCCACUACAAAACGCCGUCCUAGCCCCAGCAAAGAUCCUCGUUCCAUAUGCGAGCGCCAUUUCUUGGGGGUCUUCAGCAAAGUCCGUUUCUGCAGCGGAAAGAAAAGACCAGCCGCUCGGCGGCGACCAGAUGCACCCUCCAAACCUCCACAGGUGUCCCGUAAGGGCGGCAGGCUAGAGCCGCAGCUGAAGGGCAUCGUGACACGACUGUUCAGCCAGCAGGGCUUCUACCUGCAGAUGCAGCCGGAUGGCUCUAUCGAUGGCAGCAAGGACGAGAACAGCGACUACACCCUGUUUAAUCUUAUUCCUGUGGGUCUGAGGGUGGUGGCCAUCCAAGGGGUGAAGGCCGGCCUCUACAUCGGCAUGAACGGAGAGGGUUUCCUCUACAGCUCAGAAAUGUUCACGCCGGAGUGCAAGUUUAAGGAGUCGGUGUUUGAGAAUUACUACGUGAUCUACUCGUCCACUGUGUACCGUCAGCAGGAGUCCGGUCGGGCCUGGUUCCUGGGCCUCACCAAGGAAGGCCAGGUCAUGAAGGGGAACAGGGUCAAGAAGACCAAGCCCUCAUCACACUUUGUCCCCAGGCCCAUUGAAGUGUGUAUGUACAGGGAGCCGUCGCUGCAUGAGAUUGAGGAGAAACAGCGCUCCAGGAAGAACUCAGGGACUCCCACCAUGAACGGAGGGAAAGCUGUCAACCAGAAUUCCUAGCAGCGGGGCCCCAAGGGUGGGGGGCCACUAGGGUGCCCGGUCCCCCCUCUCUUAAACAGAGGGGGGAGGGGCCACAAACUCCCCUCACCACCAUGCCAUCUGAAGGGAUGGACCACCACGAGGGGGAGGAGCUACACCCAAGACCACAAAAAAACUCUUGCCUGUGAAAAUCUUUUAGACAAAUAUCAAGAUAAACCCAGAGGAAAAACAAAAAAGCGACUACAAACAUUUUCAAUCAGGACUUGACCUACGUUUAUGCAAAAAAGAAAAAAAAAAGCUGUGACAAGACAAAGAAAUGGUGGUCUCUUCA